GGGAGAGACAGAAAAAUCCAACCUUGAUCCUGUCCAUCUAACAAAAACAACACCAAAAAAAGGAGCAGGGAGUGAAAAAGAUACUGAACCAUGAGAGGACCUUCUCUAUUAUCCCAUGAUUGAUUACUUUGCUUUGGAGCCCUGUGAUGGGGUAUAUCAACCUCGCACUGAGGUCGAAGAGGAUCACCUGGCCCAGCUGGCUGACAAAACUCCACCCCCAGAGCCCUGGUGGGUGUGCUCCAAUUGGAAGCUGGCUAUAAAAGCCUUUGGAGCAGCUCAUUCCUCCUGGGAAGAAGACGCAACCAGACCAAACAGUGGCAGCCAGGCUGAGAGGGGCAGCAGUAGAAGCUUCUGGACCAGAGUGUGAAGAUGGUGAGGACUUCUUAUAAGGACAGAGUAGGAAGUAGCCUUGGAUGGGGAAUUGCUCCCUGAGGGCUCGUGUGUUGUGUUGGGAUUCCCUGCCCAGUUAGCAGUAGAUCACUCCACUGUGACAGAGACCUGGGCUGGGACCCAGUGGUGAGGGAGGGCCCGUGUGCCCCUAAACCGCCUCCCCCAGAUACUCCUGCGUGCAGGAGCUUUGUCUAUUUUAUUGGGACUCUGUGGCCAUUGGGCUAUACUACCCUGAUACCAAAGGGACUGUAUAAGGACUCAAAGGCCGCUGGGCUGGACUGUGUAUAAACUCUGAGGUCGUUGGGCCAUACUGUGUAUGAACUCUGCAACUACUGAAUUGUACUACCCUGAAUAUUCGGGGAUUGCAUGAGGACUCAGGUCACUGGGCUGUACUGUGUAUCAGUUCUGUGGCCAGGCCUUGUUGCCCUGAACACAAAGGGGACUGUUUGGACUCUGUGGCUGCUAGGCCAUACUGCCUUGAGUGCAAGUCACAGUACAUAGACUUUGUGGCUGAUAGGCCACCCUAUCUCAAACGGGAGUUCGAGGAGCUGAAGUGGACUUUCCUUGCCCUCUCUGGUGGGCAGACAAGGCGCCCCUCGACAAGCCCUGAACUGUCAUUCAUGUAACUGUGGAAGGUUUUAUCUGUUACUGAGGAGACUUCCCCAUCAACCUUAAGACCCGCAUUUUGUAGUGAAGGAAAAUGGAGCUUGCAGAUCUUUUGACAUUUGCCUUCAUGGAAAUCAAUGGAACAACAGUAACAGUGGCUCUGCUGGUGAUCCUCCUAGUAUUACUCUCUUGGUACUCCACCUCUGCGUUCUCCAGGCUGCAGAGGGUGGGUAUCAGGCAUCCUACACCUUUGCCUUUCAUCGGAAACCUGCUGUUCUUUCAACAGGGCUUUUGGGAAAACCAUACAAAACUGAUCAAGGACUAUGGACCUGUUUCUGGAUACUACAUGGGUCGCCGAAUGUACGUGUUGGUGUCUGAGCCAGAGAUGAUCAAACAUAUCUUAGUGAAGGACUUCAGCAACUUCACCAACAGAAUGACUACAGCCAUGGUUACCAGGCCAAUGGUAGACAGCAUUCUCUGUCUGCGGGAUCAGAGAUGGAAAGAUGUGCGGAGCAUGCUGACCCCGGCCUUCAGUGCUGCAAAAAUGAAAGAGAUGACUCCGCUAAUAAACCAAGCAUGUGAUGUCCUGCUAAGUAACUUGAAGGUCUAUGCGGAUUCUGGCAAGGCUUUCGAUAUUCAAAGGUGUCAUGUCGGCUGCUUCACCUUGGAUGUUGUCGCUAGUGUGGCUUUUGGUACCCAGGUGGAUUCUCAGAAGAAUCCUGAUGAUGUGUUUGUUCAGAACUGCAAAAAGUUUUUUCAGUUUUCACUUCUGAGGCCCAUCCUAAUUCUAACCAUUGCAUUUCCAUUCAUAAUGAUUCCAUUGAUCCGGAUUUUGCCAAACAAGAGUCGUGAUGAUCUGAAUGGAUUUUUUAUCGAAGUUAUUAAGAAUAUGAUUGCCUUGAGAGACCACCAAGAUGCAAAUGAGAGACGCAGAGACUUUCUCCAGUUGAUGCUCGAUGCUCGCAGUUCUACUAGCUACGUCGGGGUGGAACACUUUGACAUAGUCAACCAAGCUGAUGUUUCCAUUCAGGACCAAAAGCCUCCUGCUGACAAGGCCCUGCCUAAAAAGGUUCACACGACAUUGUCUGAAGAUGAGAUAGUAGGCCAAGCCUUCAUCUUCCUGAUUGCUGGCUAUGAGACCACCACCAAUGCCCUGUCCUUCGCCACCUACUUGCUAGCCACCAACCCAGAGUGCCAAGAGAGACUGCUGCAGGAGAUAGAUGAGUUCUCUGAAAAACAUGAUAUCCCCGACUACCAAAAUGUCCGAGAGCUCCCUUACCUGGAUAUGGUGAUUGCAGAGACAUUGCGCAUGUACCCACCUGCAUUCAGGUUCACUCGGGAGACGUUGAGGGACUGCGUAGUGAGGGGCCAGCAAAUUCCAGCUGGGGCUAUAGUGGAAAUUGCAGUUGGACAUCUACAUUAUAACCCUGAGUUCUGGCCAGAACCUGAGAAAUUCAUCCCUGAAAGGUUCACAGCAGAGGCCAAGCUGCAGCACAAUCCCUUUGCAUACCUCCCAUUUGGGGCAGGCCCACGCAGCUGCAUUGGCAUGAGGAUGGCUUUGUUGGAGAUGAAGAUGACUUUACUGCGGAUCUUGCAAAAGUUCAAAUUUGAAACCAGCACUGAGACUCAGAUUCCUUUGCAGUUGACGUCUCUCUCAACAUUAGGACCAAAAAAUGGAGUCUACAUUAAGAUAGUACCUCGAUAGAGCAAAAACCCUAUUUAGAAAGCCUCCAAGGAGGUGAUCUGUUUUUCAGUGCCUUAUUGAAAUACUUUUGAAAUGUUACCCAAAUCCAUCAAUGACUUGGGAGCCUAAAUCUCAUUGUGAGCCAAUGGGAUUUUAAAAGGUGUAGACCAAAAUCCCACUGACUUUCAGUGAGGCUCAGGCCCCUAAGUCACUUUUGAAAAUGGUACUUAGGUGCUUAGCAAAGUUUUACCCAAGCACAUUACUGUGAAGAGUCUCUGAAAAGGCCUUCUGCUUUUCUUCACCCUUCGUGGUCAUUGUAAGGCUCUCUUCAUUUUGCUUAUCCACAUGGGAGUUUGUCUUGGCUCCAACAUGCAGUCUGUACUUCCUCACCUUGAGUAUAUUUAUAUAAUGUGGAAUGAUAGCCUGUUAACAGAGCAUUCAGUCCUAAUUUAGAUAUACUCCAAAGGGCUGCAAGCAUAGUCAUAAUAGCGAGGACUAAAAGUCAGGAAAUCUAGAGCCUACUCCCAGCUCUGUACAGAAAGCCACCCCUCACCCAAUAAAAUAUUGCUUACUCGCUUGUUACCAAACAGUGAGACACUUGGAUGAAAUGAGCUAGUAUUAUUAUUAUCUAACAUUUCUUACAAUGGAUUUAAAAAUAAUGGUAAUCCUCUGUACAGCACUCAAGUGUCUAUGACCAGACCAAAGAACAUUGUAGACUAGCUAUUAAGUUUUGUUUGUUACUGAAUAUUAUUUAGAGUAGGGCUACUCAACUUUGGAAGUGCUGAGGGGCUAUAAUGAUACUCACAGCACAUGCCAAGGGCCACAAUUUAAGUGUGGUUGCAGAGACAUGCAAAUAUAUAUGCAAAUAGCUUCUUUCACACUUGAUGGGUAUGAAUACAAAGAUUAAGGCAAGUCUACACAACACACAGGCCCUAGUUAAGUCAGUUCUGCUGCUAUUAAUAAAAUGCAAUAGUUACCUGAUUUCCACCCAUAUGACAACACUUUUAAUGAGCAAUGACAAUCCAGGUAUUUAACUAUGAAAACACAUAUCAGAAGACCAUUCUAUUGAGUACUUUUUUGUUUUGACUCCCACCAAUGGGCCGCAUAUUGAGCCUCACGUAAACCCAAACUGCAUCACGGGCCACAUGCUGAGUAGCCCUGAUUUAGAGAAUUUUGAAAUAUAAAAAUGUAAGCGUUUUGAAGGUCUAGGAAAUUUUAGGGUUGAUUUGAAGAUAGUGGUAUAGCAAGAGUUUUCCUAGCAUGGCAUGUAGUUUUUUUCUUUCUAUGCAUUUCAGUAGUCACCACAGUUGGUCAAUUCAUUGUUUCAAAGGAGGCUGCAUGAGCGUAAAGCCAAGGAUUAGAAGCCAGGAAAAUAAGUUUCAAUGGCUAUGUUAACUCUUGGGUGACCCUGCAGCAAGUCACUUCACAUAUGUAUGCCUCUCCCAACCCACACAGAGAAAGAACAUUGGUGAAUGCUAGGCUGAGAGUCUGCAUUCAAGGAACCUGGAUGUUCUCACGGCCAAAGCCAAGCAGCACGUAUUUGACUCUUCAGGACCAGUUUGAUCACAGCAUCUGCAGCAGCUAAAGGCAAAUAGUUUUUGCAUGUGUCCCUGUUGCAGACUGCUGGGUCCUUGAUAAGUUAGUGGAGCAUUCCUCAAACUAGGACCCUGAUCAUGACAGCUACAGCAUUAGAAUUCCCAGCAGCCUCUACUCCUGCCUUCAGCCUAAAGGUAUAGUGUCCCAGAUCCUCAGAGGGCUUCCCCUGCUUUCAGUGUAAGUCAAGGAACCUAAAUACCUUUGAGCAUGUGGGCACUUGUCCCUUCCCAGGCCAACCAGAAGCACCGAUGACAUUGCAGGUAGUGCUACCAAAUAAAAAAAUUGGAAGUGCUACCAAAUAAAAAAAGGUAGAUCUCAGUAAGAGAGUGGGGUAAUAAGUGGCAGAUUUAAAAGUAUUUCAGUGGGUUGCAUAGUUUAUUUUCUCUAAACGUAGGGCUAAUUUUGUUUCUACUAUAUACCGAGAUCAUGAACAAGAGGACAGAAAGUGCCUAAGCACCGCCAAGCUCCAUCUAUAUUCAUCUUGCCCCAAUUUUUUUUUCCUGCACUGUGAAAUUAAGUUUCCUUAAGCUCCAGCCAACUGAGCUCUCAUUGGUACUUUUACCAAAAGUUCACUUAAAAAAAAUCUCAGUGGCUUAAACCUCCAACCCACCCCUCGCCUGACUGUUUCUGUGUGAAUUGGUUUCUGCUGUAGCAGCAGCUGAUCCAGUCACACGUGAAGGGAAACAUCUCUCUUCUAUGGUAUACAGUUGUCUGCAAAUAAGAUACUAAGUAGUGCGAUUAAAAACUACUGCUGCUGUUCCAUGUAUUCCCAGCUGCAGUUUCCUGCUCACAUAUAGCAUACUGAGGCUGGUCUUAUGGGCACAGCCUGCUUUUCUCUCUGCUGGUCACUGUGUCUACACCUUUAAAAGUCAUGCUUUCAUUGGGCUUACUAAGGCUUGUGUUUGAAUUUUCUUCUAGCUUGAGUUCUAGAGUAGUAAAUGUGGGUUAUGAGCCUGAUAGUUAAUGCCCCAUCCAUAUUUUCACUGCACAGCCUGGCCAUGCAGGAAUUUAAAUGGUUUGAUGUGCCUAUGAAAUGAAAUACUGAGGUAAUGGUCUUAUCUAAACAAAAAAAAAAAUGCAACACGCACCUUAUUGUCUAUGCACAAAUUUGCCUUGAUUGUUUUCAAUAGCAUAUUAUUUGUGGUUGUGAUUCUAAGUUACAUUACAUAAUUAUACCUGUAAACUGGAAUAGUUUAGGGUGAUGUCCUCAUUAAAGUCAUUUGAUUGAAAAGAAAAAGUGUGUCCCCUUUGCUAUGUUCUUGAUAUCCACAUCAGAAAGUCAGCCUCCAGUUUUCAGCCAGAAGUGUUGGUGGCCCACACUCCCCAACCUUGGGAUGUAAGCAACUAGUGAACUAUGCAGUAAGCAAAAGCUUAUCAGAUAGUCAACUAGUCCCUCAGAUAGUCGCUUCCCCCC